AUGAAUUUAUCGCGAGGACAGAAGAUGGUUGCGGCGGUUUUUGAUCUAUACAAACAAAACAAUCAAGUUCUUGAAGAAAAUGAAGAAAAUUCGUAUCAUGUACUUCAAUCUGUGCCUCCAACAGUUGAGACAACAGAUGGUUCUAGUACACUCAGAGAACAAACAGGUUCUAUAGUUGAUCGCAAUCCUUACUUUACCUCUGAUUCUGAAAACGAUACAAUGUACCACCCUGUAACGAGAGUUUCGGAGACCUCUACCUCUGAAAAUAUAUCUAACAGUUCUGAAGAAGACAAUGAAGUCCUAUGGAGUAAAUACAUUCGAAAACACGUCACCUCUACAAGUAAAAAAGUAGACUCCGACACUUUGACAAGAAAACGUCAAAGAAAUCCACUUAAGUGGAAACGUAAUACUCAAAAAACUUUAAGGCUAGCUGGAAAGGAAUAUACAACAAGAUCAGGAAAUAAAAUAGGUAUUAAAAAAGUUAAAGAUAUAUCGUGUAAGUGCCAUUACAAUUGUAACUUUAAAUUUUCAUUACAAGAAAGAGAAAAUCUUCUACAAGAAUAUUUAUCUUUGAAAUCUGAACAUGCAAGAUGGUGUUUCAUAGGUAAGUGUGUGCAACGUGUACCUGUCAAACGAACCUACAAAGAAAAUCAAAGUAGACGUAAAAACACGUUGGUAUAUAGCCUGUUUAGAGAUAGCCAAAGUUUCCAAGUAUGCAAGUCAUUUUUUUUGACUACUUUUAAUAUAUCUGCGAAGAAAGUUGAGACAGCUUUAAGUAAAUUGACACCAUCUGGAGUUACUGAACCAGAUAUGAGAGGGAAGAAAGAACCACCCAACAAGAAAUCAGAUGUAGUUAAAGAUAUAAUUAGAGACCACAUUAAGUCUUUACCUACUGUAUCUUCACAUUAUUGUCGUAGUACGACGAAGAGAAAAUAUUUGCCUUCAGGUUUAAGCGAAAACCGUUUGUACUUAGACUAUGUAGAGUAUUGUAAAGAACGUCAAGUUGUACCUGAAAAGGCCAGUUUUUACAAAUUUAUUUUUACCAACGAAUUUAAUUAUGGUUUCCAUCGCCCUAAGAAGGAUCAAUGUGACCAUUGUAUUCAAUUUAAGAAUAGGCCAGAGCAUGAGCAGCAACUUCAUAAAGAAGAGUAUGAUUUGCAUAUUAUUCGUAAAAACGAAGCAAGAAAGCAUAAAGUUCUUGACAAAAAUCGUACCAAAGUAGAUCCUGGCUUUAUUGCCUUUGCUAUGGACCUGGAAAAACUACUAUUAGCUCCAAACUUACAGGCUGGUCAGGUGUAUUAUAAAAGAAAGUUAAAGAUUUACAAUUUUACAUUGUAUAAUUUAGGAGAUUCUGAGGCUACAAAUUAUAUGUGGCAUGAAGGAGUAGGUACUAAAGGUGCAUCGGAGAUAGCCACUUGCAUUUGGAUGCAUUUAUCGUCAUUGGCUCCUGAGAUAAAAGAAAUAACUUUAUUUUCUGAUACUGCUUCUGGCCAGAAUCGGAACACUAUUAUUGCCGCAAUGUUUUUACAUGCAGUAACAGUUUUGCCAAUCCAAACCAUUAAUCAAAAGUUUAUGGAGUCUGGACAUUCAGAGAUGGAAUGCGAUAGUGUACACUCUGCAGUUGAAAACAGAGGGAGGCAUGUAGAUAUCUAUACACCAGAAGGCUGGUACACUGUCGCACGUACGGCUAAAACAACAAAGCCAUAUUACAAGAUCAAAGAGUUGACAUAUUCAGAUUUUAUUGACUUUAAGUCGUACAGUAACAAAGUUAUCACAAAUAAAAAUAAAACAGAUACUGGUGACAAUAUGAACUGGCUGUUAUUAAAAUGGAUACAAUAUCGAAAAGAAAGUCCUAAAAUUAUAUUUUUCAAGAACCAAUUAUCAGAAGAAAAUUUUAAAUCUUUACCUAUACAGCGCAAAGCUCUACGCAAAUCUACUAUGACACCAUGUUGCGAUUUACAGAAGCUCUAUAACAAAAAGCUUAAGAUCUCUGCCAAUAAACUUAAAGAUCUGAAGGAUCUCUGCGCAAAAGGUACCAUACCUUCGGUGUAUCAUGAUUUUUAUAACGAUCUGGAAGAAGGACUAAUUAGUGACAACUCAGAAAGUGAAUAA